AUGUCGAGUCAGAGGCGGGAAGCUGCCACGCAGACGAGCCGAGCCAGUCCGAGCGAUGGACCGGCACGUACGACGGCCAAGUGGACAGCGAAAGAAGCAGGCAUCGUUGCAGUAACGACGGGUGUGACGUUUAUCAACUCUUUCUACAACGGAGCCGUCACCGUCGUGCUGCCCACAGUCCAGCGCGAUCUCAAGCUGACAGAGUCCGAACUGCAAUGGCCAGUGUCACUCUACUCGCUCACGUUCGGUUGCUUCCUCAUCCUGUUCGGUCGUUUGGCGGAUGUGUAUGGACGCCGACUCUUGUUCCUUAUCGGUACUGCUCACUACACCCUCUUCUCACUCGUCGUCGGGCUCAGUCCUAACGGGCUUUCCUUCAUCUUGGUCUCUGCUGUUCUCGGUCUCGGUGCAGCUGCAAACACACCUGCUGCCCUCGGCAUACUCGGUGCCUAUUUCACACCGGGCCAGAAGAAGAACACAGCCUAUGCCGUUCUGGGGAGCGGCCAGCCUUCUGGCUUCAUUCUUGGGCUCGUGGGAGGUGCUAUCCUCACCGACACGCCUGCUUCUUGGCGCUCCGUCUUCUAUCUGCAAGCUGGUUUGACCGCUCUCUUUGGCAUCACUGCCUUUUUUGUAUUGCCGCCCAACCCGACAGAAGAACAAGGUGCGAGCAAGUCGAUCGACUGGCUUGGCGCCGCUCUUUCGACUUCAGGCCUGGCCAUGCUCGUCUUUGCAUUGACGGAGAGUCAAGUCGUUGGCUGGCGUGCACCCUUUGUCUCCGCCUUGCUCCCCAUCUCCGUCGUCUUGCUAUUCGCUUUUGUCUACUGGGAACGCCGGGUAGAGCGAUCGGGCGGCGUGCCGCUGAUGUACCUCAGCAUCUGGACAAAGCCGCAUUUCGCAGUCGUCUGUUUUGUCGUCUUUGGCAUCAUCUGGAGCUUCAACGUCUUGCAAUACUACCUCAAUCUGUAUCUGCAGACCUACAAAGGGUACAGCCCCAUCGGUACAGCGCUCCGCUUUGCUCCCAUGGUCGUUGCCGGGAUCUUCUACAACGUCCUCGGCGGCGUCUUGCUCGCUCGUGUCAAGGGUAUCUAUCUUGUCAUUGCGGGCACUGUGCUUUCGACAGCAGCGGCCAUCAUCUUUGGCUUGAUCGAUGUCAAUUUGUCCUAUCUGGCGAUGUUGCUCGUCAUCAUGUUGCUCAUACCAGCGCCCGACCUGACCUACACUGUUGCCUCGAUUCAGAUCUCCAAAUCGACAGACCGCUCGUUGCAAUCGCUAGCGGGUGCAUUGUUCAUGGUCUCGUCGAGACUAGCUACAUCUAUCGGCCUCGCCGUCACCUCGACCAUCUCGUCCGCGAUUGCGACCAAGUUCCUCCGGAAGCAUCCCGACAUGACCGAGAGCAGUCCAGAAGUACUCUUGACGGGCUAUCGUGCGGCCGCAUGGGUGUGUGUCGGAGUAGCUUCGCUCAGCCUGCUCAUUGGCGGAUUCGGUCUGCGCAAUCUGGGCGUUGUGGGCGACAGAGAGUCCGUGCCGCUCCUCGAAGACGCCGCGGGCAUCGAGCUACGAUCGAGCGCUGCCUCUAUUGCUUCUCGCCAAGCAUUGGACGAGGAUCGCAAUCGCUAG